UCUCAGCGUGGAUCCAAUCCUUGGUGCAGAAAAUUCACUUCCUGGGACUACAGUACCCAGAAUCCCACAGUUCAAAAGGAGCCACCCAUUGGCUUUAUAAAAGCCUCCCUGAGGACUAGGAGCCUGUUGGGUGCUUGCCUCCUUCCUUCCUUCCUUGAGGAUGGUGCCUUUGAUGGAGGAUGGGGUCCGCCUUCUGCCUUUUCUCCUUCUCCUCCUUUUGGGGACCCUUCAGGGGUGUCUCUGCAGGGCUGGCACUUUUUGGGAGGCCUCCUUGCUCCACUGCGAGGAGCAAGGCAUGCGCCUCCUCUUGAACCCAGGGCCAAGGGUCUCCUCCUCUGUGGUCAGGCUCCUGGACCCCCAGGGCAAGCCCCAUCUCCUGAAGAAUGACUCCGCCUGUGGUACUUGGGUGGCCCCUGGCCCCAAGGGCUCCAUGGUGGCAAUGGUGGCCUUCGCUGGGUGCUACGUCAAGACGCAGGAUGGGGCCUACCGCACAACCGUCCAUAUUGAAGGCCUGGGGGCAGACGGUCGGAUGACAUCCUACAAAGAGGAGCUGAGGUGCCCAGAGCCACUUCUAGCCCUGGACCCACCCAGCCUCAGUCUCUGUUCGGCCAUCCCACCUUCAGACCGACUCCCCUGCAGUGCUGGCAGCCCCCGUCCGGUCAGCUCCACGGAGUGUGCAGAACUGGGCUGCUGCUACAACCCCCGGGACCGGCUGGCUCCCUGUUUCUAUGCCCACAAAGUGACAGUCCGCUGCACCCCAGAUGGCAUGUUCUCCAUUGCAGUCUCCAAGAACACCACUCACCCCCCUCUCAGCUUAGAUUCGGUGCGUCUCCUGAGCAGCCAAGGGGCCGCCUGUGGCCCUGUGGCCAAGAACAACAUGUUUGUCGUCUUCCAGUUUCCUCUGUCUGCCUGCGGGACGACUGCCAAGGAAACUGGAAGCGAGCAGGUUUAUGAGAACGAGCUCUUGGCAGUCCAGCAAGUCCUUACAUCCAGACUGGGAUCCAUCACCCGUGACAGUGCCUUCAGGCUGACCAUCCGAUGUAGCUACUCAGCUGAGGAGUCCCUCCCGGCCAGCGUCCUGGUGGCUCCUCCUCCUCCCCUGGCCCCCGUGGCCCAACAAGGGCCUCUUGCCCUGGAGAUGAGGAUCGCCCGUGAUGAGAGUUACUCCUCCUACUUUACGGAUGCAGACUACCCAGUGAUGAAAGUCCUCCGCGACCCAGUUCACGUUGAAGUCCGUCUUCUUGGGAGGAGAGACCCGGUGCUGGUGCUGCUCCUGCAUGAGUGUUGGGCCACCCCCAGCACCAACCCUUUGCAGAAACCCGAAUGGCCACUCCUGGAGGCCGGGUGCCCAUAUAAAGGAGACAACUACCAGACCCAGCUGAUGCCCAUUGGAGUGGACUCAGGGCUGGCCUUUCCAUCGCACUACCAGCGCUUCGUUAUUAGUACUUUCACUUUUGUGGACUCUGCCUCCCAGACGAAGCUCACCGGGCCGGUCUACUUCCAUUGCAGCGUCUCGGCUUGUGCGCCAUCUAGACUGGAAGCCUGUAGCAUCCGAUGCGAGGUGCCAACACUGCCCCGAGGGAGAAGACAGCGAGGAGUGGCACGAAGGCACCGUCCAGCCCUACAAAAGCUGCAGACGCUGGUGACCUCGGAGGGGGCUGUGGACUUCUUGAGUGAUGCUGUGGAGGUCUCCUACUCAGAAAGAUCCAGACCGCUCCUAGAGGGUGGCCUUCGGUGGGACGGCGCAUUGUCGCUUGUUGUUGGGAUAGUGACCGUGCUCUCCGUAGCCACCAUGACCGCAGUGGCCCUCAAGAGACACUGGGGGAUCGGGCCGGAGGGAGGGCAGGCCCCUUCCUCUACCUAAGGACAUUAAAAGGUGGCAAACCUCA